CACAGCAAGAGGGUCGCCGGUUCAAUCCGGCCUGCGGCUCUCCUGUGUGGAGUUUGCAUGUUCUCCCCGUGUCGGCGUUGGAUUUCACCGGGUACUGUUUGUUGUGAGAGGCUAUGUCUGUCAACAUGUCAUAUCAUAUCAUCUAUCAAUCUUCCUUGCUAAAUACAGUAUGGAGGAACAAGGAAGCUGGAACCUCUUUAGCCACAGGUGUGUGGGAACAGGUUAGAGAACAGAUUUGCGGAACAAGAUGGUACCGUCAGAAUUACAUCAGACUGUCAAAAUGCCAGAUAGGUGGGACAUCACGACGUCUUCUUCAGAUAUAAGACGGGAAGUUUUGAGUUCGGCAGACUGAAGGUGAAGUUUGUUCCUCUGAAGACACAACUUGAGGUGAGUCUCAUAAAUCAGAUGUGUGAGACAUUAUUGUCUUGUGAUUUUACUUUAACAAAUGACUGGAUAGGACAAAAAGUUUUUAAAAAAAUUUUCUUGGAGUGCAGUUAAUUACAAUAUAAAAGAAUUCAAAUUUACAUGUUCUGCAUUCACGUAAUAAUAUGUGAGUUUGCUGACUGAACUAUUUUUAAUUCGAUUUUUGUUGUAUUUUCAGAGCAUCAGACACAUCUACAUCAGCAGAAUUUGAUUUCAGCAGAAAUCUUACGAUGAAGCUGGUGUCAGUCGUCCUCCUCCUUGCUCCACUGUUGACCAGCUGCCAGAAUCUCGGCCAACCUGUGGACUGCAGUGAGAUCCAUCAGCAUGACAACACCCAAUCCAGUGGCGUGUACACCAUCUAUCCUGCUGGAGAAUGGUCUGCUGUCCAGGUGUACUGUGACAUGGAUUCAUUGAGAGGAGGGUGGACGGUGUUCCAGAGGAGGAUGGACGGCUCUGUGAACUUCUACAGGCCCUGGGAUCAAUACAAGGUCGGCUUUGGUAGCGCUGCUGGAGAGUACUGGCUCGGUCUUGACAACAUCCACUACCUAACAAACCACCAACAUUAUGAGCUGCUGGUGGACAUGGAGGACUUUGAGGGAGCAAAGGUGUGGGCUCGGUACACUUCGUUCUCCGUUGGUGCAGAAUGUGACGGAUACGUACUCAAUGUGUCCGGGUUCAUCGAUGGGGGGGCAGGAGACUCCCUGAAACAUCACAAUGGAAAGAAGUUUUCCACCCUCGACAAAGACCAGGACAUCUGGCCAAACCACUGUGCCAGGACAUUCCUGGGGGCCUUCUGGUAUGGUAAUUGUUUACAUGCAAACCCUAAUGGGGUUUAUCGUUGGGGGGCUGAUAACGCUGUUCAUGCUGUUGGAGUGGAGUGGAAACAUUGGAAGGGUCAUGACUACUCCCUGAAGACCAUCAGCAUGAAGAUCCGUCCUGUGCAAUAAUUCUCCAGGACCAACAUGCAGCAGAAUAUCAUGAUCUCUUGUGAUUUCUUUCUCAUUGUCUCAUUAAAUAAGUAAUCUAAAACCGAAUCACGAAACUGGGCACAGCAGAAGAAAACAGAUUUUUCUAAUUCUUGUUUCUGUCUGCGGUGGCUCAAAUCAGAUUGUCCUCACGGCAGUUUGUAUGAUUUUCUACAAAAUAUAAUGCACUGGAAUUCGUAGGUAUUCCAGAAAAUAAAAAGUAUAAGCUGUUGCUGCUGUACGUUGACAAUAAAUGAUAAG